UAAUAAUUAAUAAUUAAAAUAAUUAAAUUAAAGUAAUUAAUAAUUGGAAGCAAUGAAUCAAUUCAAAUCAGGAAAAAUAAUUCCCUUCUUUUGUUUCAAUAUUUUUCUACUUCAACUGUUUUUUUUCUGUUCGUUGAAUUACGGAAGGUUAAUUUUGCAAAUAAAUUUUGCAAAAAAUUUUACAAAAUAAGAAAAAAAAGCUUUCAAUUAUGGAAAAUAUUUCCGACUCGAGUAAAAUUUAUAAUUUACGGUGCAAUCGAAGUAUAAGUGAAAAAAUGUUAAAGGAAGAUUUUGUCUAUGACAUUCGACGACCAAUGGAGAGAAAAUUGGUUGUAAGUGUUUUUUGUACAUAUAAAUUCAAAGCCUUGAAAAAAAAUGCUUCUUAUAAAAAACAAAAAAAUAUUAUACCAGAGCAACGAAUUUUAAACUAUGAGUGCAAUAUUUGUCGCGAACAGAUCGCAACUCGUCAUUCAUUAUCGACUCAUGUAAAAUUUCAUUGUGAAAAAUAUUGUAAAAUUUGUUUCUGGAUUCUAAAUGCAAACGAAACAAUUGAACAACACAUGAAGAAAUUUCACGAAAUUUUCUAAAACUCUGUUACCUAUUUUUUUUCUUCUUUUUUUAAUGAAAAAGAAAAUAAGUUUUAGUUUGUAAAAUAACUAAUAAUUAAUAAUUGCGUGUGUAGAUUA